UACAGAAAUCCCCAAAUGUUUUUGGCUCUAUAUAAUUGGUCCGGUUCUCUAAGAGCUCAAGUGGUGAUGGACAGCCAGCUUCUCUGCUCUAAACGGGACAUCUCAUUGCUUAAACCCUGCUCAAUCUGUGCUCGGAAAACAAUUCCAAGCCGGUUUUAUCGUGUUCCGGCAGGAUUUUUUCAUAAAGGGAUUAAGUGCUCUAUGAAGUCAUACAGAUUAUCAGAACUUUCUCGGACUGAGGUUGAAAGCCUGAAGGCUCGUCCUCGUAUAGAUUUCUCUUCCAUUUUCAGCACGGUCCAGCCCAUUGUUGAUGAUGUUCGCAAAAGAGGCGAUUCUGCAGUUAAAGACUAUACUGUAAAGUUCGACAAAGUUGAACAGGAAAAGAUUGUGGAAAAAGUCUACGAGCUCCCAGAUCCAGUGCUUGAUCCAGUUGUCAAAGAAGCAUUUGAUGUGGCAUAUGACAAUAUAUAUGCAUUUCAUGUUGCUCAGAAAUCUACCGAGAGAAGUAUUGAGAACAUGAAAGGUGUCAAAUGCAAACGAGUGGCCAGAAGCAUCUCAUCUGUAGGUCUGUAUGUUCCUGGGGCUGCAGUUUUACCUUCAACUGCUCUGAUGCUUUCUGUUCCAGCACAGAUUGCAGGGUGUAAAACUGUUGUUCUUGCAACUCCCCCUGGUCAGGAUGGUAGCAUAUGCAAGGAGGUACUAUAUUGUGCCAAGAAGGCUGGUGUGACUCAUAUCCUUAAAGCUGGAGGAGCUCAGGCAAUAUCUGCCAUGGCUUGGGGGACGGAAUCUUGCCCUAAGGUUGAGAAGAUUUUUGGCCCCGGAAAUCAAUAUGUCACUGCUGCGAAAAUGAUUCUCCAAAACAGUGAAGCCAUGAUCUCAAUUGACAUGCCUGCAGGCCCUUCUGAAGUUUUGGUCAUUGCUGAUAGACAUGCCAAUCCUGUUCACAUAGCUUCAGAUUUGCUUUCCCAGGCUGAGCAUGGUCCUGAUAGUCAGGUUGUUCUUAUCAUCACUGGGGAUGGUGUGGAUUUAGAAGCUAUAGAGAAGGAGAUUAAGCAGCAGUGCCAAAGUCUUCCAAGGGGAGAGAUUGCUUUGAAAGCAUUGAGCCACAGUUACACAGUGUUGGCUCGUGAUAUGGUUGAGGCAGUCUCUUUCUCAAACAUGUAUGCGCCUGAGCAUCUGAUUAUUAACGUGAAGGAUGCAGAAAAGUGGGAGAGUUUCAUUGAGAACGCAGGCUCUGUAUUUGUAGGGCAGUGGACGCCAGAGAGCGUGGGAGAUUAUGCAAGCGGGACGAACCAUGUUCUUCCAACAUAUGGGUAUGCAAGGAUGUAUGGCGGCGUGUCUUUGGACUCGUUCCUGAAGUACAUGACGGUACAAUCUUUGACUGAGGAAGGUCUGAUAAAGCUUGGGCCAUAUGUGGCAGCAAUGGCGGAAGUUGAGGGACUUGAAGCCCACAAAAGAGCUGUAACUCUUAGGCUUCAGGAUAUUGAAGCUAAGCAGGUUUCCGGUAUGAGAUGAUGCUCCAAUUGUGGACUAUUGGCAUUCACAAAACGUGACCAUGAUGGACUUUGCUCGCUACCAAAUCCCUUGGCUACAAAGCUGCCCUCCCUAGGGUAACAAUGUUUCUUAAACGAAUCAGGUUGAGGACUUUGUGUAGUUCGAUCGAAUAUCCACCGGAUCUUUGUAUUUCUGGUUGUCAGCUAUUUUGAUGAAAUGUGAAUGACCAUAAUUACGAGACA